CCUGAACACGGUCACGCAAACUUGGCUUUGUACCACGAACGUAUGCAGUACUAGUAGUACCGUGGCACAGUGUACCGUCUUCCCAUGGCCGAGCGUCGCUACAGUCAUCUCAAUGUCACUGUGCUGGCACACAUCAACAGGGCCCUAGAGGACGACCCCGCAGCUGAUCUAGAAGCUACAUUGAGCAAGCUAUGUACCUCAUACGCUAAAAUACGCCGUUCAAUCGAGGCGCGAGAAGCAAAGCGACGGACAGAAAGCAGUGAGCCACUGGUGCCUUUGCAAGCGGGGGAGCCAGACAAAGCUCCUCCUCGUGUGCUUGAAUACCUUGCAUCAACUUCGAAGCCCAGACCAGCUGCAUCUCGACAGAUUUCAGCCGGCUGCCUAGCGCCGCUGCCUUCAAUCCAUUUCCCUUUCCCGUGCCCCCUGCCACACUCCAUAAUCUACCCGCUCUCCCCCGUAGUCUGCCAACUUCUCGAGAUUUGGGAUGCGUCUGUAUCUGAUCUCUCAGCGACUAUUGUUGGGCAUGCACUGUCUGGCACACUCCUCUGGGAACAUUCUGUUCGCGCCGUAAUCCAGAUUGGCGAGAACGUGGUUGUGAAGGUUGCCCAGUCACAGUACUUCAAUCACGACGAGCACGGGGUUCUACAGUUCGUGGAAGAGCAUUUCCCGAGCAUCGCAGCACCGCGUGCUCUCGGAUUGGUAACCGUGGGGUCAACGUCCUUCAUGUUCAUGACCCUCGUACCCGGCACCACACUGGAGAAGCGUUGGCCCUCGCUGUCUGCGGAGACAAAGCUGCGCAUUCGUGAUCUUCUAGAUGAGACCGUCGCCACUUUCCGCCAACUGGAAUCUCCGUGUGGCGCCCCACUCGGCUCUCCUGUCGGUCGCCGGCUCUGCAAGGAUGUCCGCAGAGACGAUCGAGUCAGCGCGUCGUCCCUGUAUUCCGAAGCGCAGUUCAACGACUUCCUCCUAGAGUCACGGUCCUGCCGGGCGGCACCUAACUACAAGAGAUGGCUCCGCUCGAUGCUAAGCGAUGAUCACCGCAUCGUGUUCACCCACGCGGAUCUGCAUCAGGGGAAUGUGAUGGUGGUCGAUGGACCGGACGGUGGCGUCGAGCUAUCUGGGAUCAUCGACUGGGAGUCUAGUGGCUUUUACCCGGAGUAUUGGGAGCACCUCAAGGCGUUAAACACGCGUUCCAUCCAGGACGAGAGCGAUUGGUGGGACUUUUUACCUCCGUCGAUUUUGGGUUACGAUCGCGAGGUCGUUUUGGACCGUGUCAUCGAGUCCACUGUGGUGUACUAGCAUCUCGCGCUAUACCAUUUUCUUGUCAGCGCAUAUAAUAGUCGAAGUCAUCGAUGAACAAGAAGUAUGGGCUUGUAUUUGGCUUCUGAUGAGCGGCAUCACUGCAGACCGCUCGACGGCAUGGAAAACAAGGACGGUGCCAAUGCGAAGACAACAUGUUGCAGUGGCGUACUGGGAUCAGCGCCGUUCAUCAGCUCGUCCUCCUCGGCGAGUCCUGAGAACGUCUUGACACGAAGUGACUCCUGCCGCUGUCCCCGGCAGAUGACAAACUCAGGUGAGUGGUAUGAACCUGUACCUUGGAUUAUACAAUUGCCGUG